UGCUGCUGCUGCGUUGUUGUUCUUCAUCGUCUAACUUGGACUUGUCGGUUCGCGUCGCAUCAGGACCCCUACUACUUUCCAUUCCUUCCGUCUGUUGAAGCAGGUGUCAACCAUGGCCCUCGUAAGUGACCUCUUCUGACGAAGGUUUUGGGCAGAGGGUGGAGAGGAGAGGAGAAGGCUGGCAUAAUGCCUCCAGAAUUGAAUGAGGUGACACGCCCACUGGCUGUGCCCUCUCCCCAGACCUGUGGAGGAACCAUCUCUGCGGGCCUCCUUCCUCCCAGACCAACAGGCGUUGGGGGAGAGGCUCGUCAGACAAACUGUCCAUCGAUGACAGGGUCUGCUGGAGAAAAUGACACUGCUGUGGCAAGGGCAUCUGUGGGUGCCACAUCCACAAGUUUUGCCAAACUCCUCAUAGCUCCAGACCUGAGAGCUGUUUUUGCUGAAGUAGGAGCCACCGAUAAAGCUUACUCCUUUAAAGAGAUAUUGGGUUUCUUGAAGGCUUAUUUGUAUAGCAAGCGAUAUUUAUUUGAUAGCAGAGAUAUUCUCUAUGUAAAUUGCAAAGAUGACCGUCUCGGCGAUGCGCUGCAAGUUGAUCGGUUUCAUUACACUGAAGUAAGGGGUCUGAUUGCAAGGCAUGUUAUUCCUGUAGAGAACAGCAGUAAUCAAGAGCAUGCUGCAGUUAGUAGUGUAAAUGGAAGUUCUAGUUUGUCAGGAAGUCACGUACCUACCAAUGGCACAAGUUACAGUGAUGCAUCUGCUGUAUCAUUGAAUAGCUGCAUGAAUCGCAGCCCAUGUUUUAAUGGCAAAACGGUUAUUGGAGAAAGUUCUUAUGCUAAUUCUUCUAACCAAACGUUACAUCGAGAGCUGGGAAGACAGAAUACAUACCCGUUUCCUUCCAUCCCAGGGUCAUCUAGGCAAAGUACAUAUUAUGGUGGUAGUCAACGCAGGUCAAGGCUGGUUACUAUAGAGUUUCAGUUUCCUAAUGUUCCAGACAGUAACUCAGACUCAGAAUCUGUCUACAGUUGUCAAGGUUAUGAAACAGCUUUGUGUCGUAACACUGAAUUCGAAGAUUCGGAUGUCUCGGAAGAAAUAGAAUUUGAAGAGUACGACUUGGCGUCAGAUGACAAUGAGGGCCAGGAAGAGGAACUCUCGGAUGACAGUGAUUCAGUGAUUGAGGAUGUUAAGGUUGCUUUGCUUGCCGUUCAAGCAUUGUGUGAUGAUGAAAUAGAAGAAGAAUUUUGGGCUGAUGACGAUUCUGAUACAGAUGAGCAGUCAACAGAUGAAGACCCAGAAUUAGCUCAUGAAAAGUGGGACUGCCUUUCUUGUGGCAUAAAAAACAAAGCUUUUGUGCGCUAUUGUGGGAAGUGCUGGCAGUUAAGGAAAAAUUGGCUUCCUGAGAGACCGAAGAAAAAGAAAAGGAAACCUAGACCAAAGAAGAAAUUGAGGCAAAGAUGCGAUUCACUUAUGUCUGAGGUAAGUGUCACAGAUUGUAAAGAAUCAGCAAAUGAUGGAGAGUUUGGACAAGCACAUCAUAUAUUGACAAGAUCGUCUACAGCCAGUGAACCAGAGUCUAGUGAUCUCAUUAGAACGUCAUCUACUGCUUCUACCGUCUCCUUAGAAAGUUCACUAUCUAGAAAUUACAGUUUUGACAACUUCAGCUCCCAAGAUUCUGGUAGUUCUCAAGAUUCUGGCAUUUCUCUUUCUCAAGAUAAAUAUACUGAAAGCUCCCAAGAUACUGGAAUGGAAGACAUUAAGGCACAGACUUCAAGCUCCCAAUGCACUGAAAAUGAACCCUCAUGUUCUAAGACUGCAGACGUAGAGGGGUCUUCUUCCAGCGUGUUAACACCAACAUUAGAGGAAGAGCCAGAAAAGAGUUCUGUAAUUUUAGAGUCUUCAAAAAGGAAAAGGAAGUCAUCUUCCUUUAAGGAGGACAUUAAAGUUAAAAAAAGCAGAAUCAGCCUUUCGUCAGACUUUGAGGACAAAACAGAUGAGUGUGAAGAUGAAAAAGAUGAAUUGUCUGAAAUUGGAAUGAAGUUGAUAACAGACAAAGCUAAAUUCGUCAACUCAAAGGGAAGUGAGCUGGCCAGUGUUUCCAGUGAAAGUGAAAUUAAAAAGGAGGUCAAGAAUGAACCAGAUGGGGAAGAAUCACAAUUGUGUAUGUUAUGUUGCUCACGACCUAAAAAUGCAACUAUUGUACAUGGUCGCCUAGGUCAUCAGGCAACAUGCUAUCAAUGUGCGCGCCGUCUUUUAAACUCAGGAGCCCGCUGUCCAGUUUGUAGAAGGAAGAUCCAUAUGGUAUGUAAAAACAUUGUUGUGUAAUUUAUAUUUUUUUUCAAAGUCACCUUUACCUUGUUCUGCCAAAGAAAAAAGUGCAAGUUUAUUAUUAUUCUAGAGUUCAGAGAUGUGACUCAGCAGACUUGUUAAAAUAUAUAAUCUAUUGAAUCCCUUAUUGUACAGGUGAAUGAGGAAAAUCUGUGUAAUUUCUUGAUAGUAACUUGUGUGCUACAGUGUAGCCCCUUGUUUUUUGUUGGGGGGGGGGGGGGCGAUUUGGGGGGAGGUGUUUACAGUUAUUUAUUUUUAGUCUUUCCCUUUAGGUUGGUUGUUUUUUUUUUGUUUUUUUUUUUAUUUAACAGAAACCAGAAAGAAAAAACUGCCACAUUCCUAACCUUGUAAGGAAGUAUGCUUUACCCUGAAGUACAUAGUAGUCAGAAGUUCGGCAGUAGCAUUUGAAUGGCAGAAUGUAUUCUACCAAAAUUAGGCCAGUCUUAAUGUAAAAGAUGUAUGCUUGCAUACUUACAUAUUAGGGAUGUGCCCAGGUAUUGGUAUCAGCUAGUUUUUGUGGUAUCGGCCGAUACUUUUGUGAUUAGUAUAGGAAUUUAAAAUCCAUCUAGGCUUCCUAAAAUGUAUGUAUUAACUAAGCCCACCAAACCAGAACCUUUCAUAAUUUAAAUAAAUGAGUCUGUUAACACCCAAAAAUUUGGUAUCGGUGCAUCCCCAAUACAUAUUGUGUGGUUAUGAAGGUGAUAGUUUAUCUCAUCUGGUACAUAAAAUAGUGAAAAAUUCAUAUUUCAGUGUAAUUUUGAAAAUGUCAUUUUAUGAUAUUACUUUCCAUUUCAGGAAGAUGAGUAUUUUUUCAUGCACUCAUUUUAUGCUUUGAGCAGAACAUUUUACAAAUUAACAGUAGAUGCUGUAUUACGUUUUGAAAAUUGCAUUUCAGUCAUUUGUUUUGUCACUUGUGAAGAUUAAGGAACUGAUUGUCCCUCAAAUGUAUUGGGUGGUUAUUGUAAUCAAUGUAUAAUUUGGGGCAAUAUAAAAGAAAUAAAGUUUCUAUCGUGUACAAACCAUACAUUUUACUUGUGCUGUACAUGUUUGAAUGGUGGUAUUAGCUGAGUAGUCCAAAUUAGUAUCCCAAGUUGUUUCCCCUCUCAGUAAGUAUCCCUCUCUAUUUGUGCCCAACACACUUGAUACUGAAAUUAAUUUGUCAAUUCAGACACGUGUCAUUCUGUGUCCCUUUUUCGGUUUUGUUUCUUUUAUUGAACAAUAAUCCAUAACUUAUGAGAUGGUAACAUUUUUCUGAUGCUCAUGGAAUGGAUUGAUUUAGAUGCCUGUUAAAACACUUUGCAUACAAACUGACAAAAUAAGCAUGAAGAAUAACAUAAUUUAGACAUCUGGGUUCACCAAUUUUUAAGCUUCUACACAACCUAGUUUGAAAAUAAAGCAUAAAGAGGACCAUUAGCUUACUUGGAUUCCAGUGUGAAUGGUUAGAGGCUAAUUAGAUGUAGAUCAAAGGGAAUGCAACAAAAUUUAUUUGAGAUGUAUGACUAGUAGCCUAGUGUUUGCACCCUGUGACCUAGGCUUGGUCAAGACAAGAAGAUGAUUAGCCAUGACUUGCAUUGGAUGUGAAGCUAUAAUAUAAUUAUGGAACUAGCAUGCCAGCUUCCUAUAAUAGACCUCUUGUAGAACUGGAUUCCACUAAUAGAAGUUGGAGAGCCAAUUUCUCAGAUUACUUGCCAAUUAAUAAAUUAACUAAUGAUGCAGAGUUGCACGUUUUCCUCCACCAAGAUCACCUGUAAUCUGUGUAGUGUGUGGUCCAGAGUUCGUCAUCUUUAUCAUCAUAUAUCAAUGGGACAAUUUUUUUUCAUUUGUGUUAUCUAUUUAUAUUUUUUCUUUUAUAACAUAUUCUUCUGUUGGUUGGAGUCUGAUGAUCGAAGGCAUGCACAGUGCAUAUUAUACUGAUGACUUAGAAUUCCAUAGGUUUAGGAGUGAGUGGAAUAACAUUGAAUUGACUAAGUCGGCAGUUUUUGUUAGUAUCAAGAACUUUGUUAUUAUCAAGAACAUGGCCACCUCACUGUAAUUAUCAGUAGUUAAAGAAGUAUACUUUCAAAGUCCUUUGAAAAUAUGUAGCAGUUUUAAGUUUUCAUUCCACAAAAAAUCUGUGAAUCUUAGUUAUAUUUCAUAAGAAUUUGUGCAACCUGUAAAAGGAGGAAAAUAAUGGAUCCUGCCCACAAAAACAUCGAGGAAAUGAAUAUGUUGAAAAAACAGCUAAAGCUGCAACUACUCUGUACAGGUGCCAAAUCAAGCUGAAAAACAGCUAAAGCUACAACUACCUUGUAUAGGUGUCAAAUCAAGCUGAAAAAAAUUGCUAAAGCUGCAACUACUUUGUAUAGGUGCCAGAUCAAAUAGGCCUGUUCCUGUCAAUGUAAAACUGAUCAUGUUUAGCAAAUGGCAGCCUUAAUGAAUGAUUAUGACAGCAAAUUAAAAUGGAAUAAUGACCCCACUUUCUGACAUUUGCUAACCUCAUUUCCAGAAGAAUGCCACAUUAAAGUAAUUUUUUCCUAUCAAAAUGGGUUUACUUGUGGCCUCGUGGGUAGUUGAUGAGUAACCUACAUUACCCAUACCCAGUCCUUGAUUGCAAAUCACACACACACAAUUGCUAUGUAAUAUUUCAGUUUUCAAUCAGCAUUCGGUAAUAAUUUCUAAAAGUGAGUCUUUUAAUGAAGUUUUGUCAGUUUUGACAAUGUCAAUUUGUUUAGUUUGGAGGAGAAAAAAAAAAACAAGAAUGGUGAAGUCAGUGGUUGUUAUUCUUUUAGCAAUAAUAAUGACAGCAAAAUAAUGACAGAAAUGAGUUGUCAUUUAUUGAACAAGAUCUGAAGUGUAUAUUGGGAAUCAACAUUUGGUCUGGAAUGAUACAUUCAAUGUCAAUUGAGGAGUGUAUUUAUAUACUAUUCAAUAAUGAUAUUCUUAAAUUUUGAAUUGCUUGACAGCUUAAGCAUCAACAUUUUUUAAAGGGUAAUCUAGGUGUCAAGUUUCCAGAGGUUUGUCUUCAAAAAUAUAUUUUUGGCAUCUUGCAAAUGUAGAUAAUGUCUUGUGUGAUAUUGUGUUUAUUUGGUUCCAUGUUAUUGUGGUUAUUUGGUUUCUUUACUAGCAAUAUAAAUGCCAGGCAAGACCUAUGAAUUUUCUCUUCAGUUGUUAACUAUCUCACCUAACUGCUCUGCUCUCAGCAGUAUAGCACAAAUAAAAGUAAAGUUGAGUAAAGGUAGCAAGUACUGUUCUUACACACUGUAUAUUUGUUAUUAUUGUAACUAUUCUCGCCUAAUAUUGCACUGUUUUCAGCAGUAUAGCACAACUAAAAGUAAGUUUGUAUAAAGGGAAUAGAUAUUGUUUUACAUUCUAUAUAAUUGUUAUUAUGGAAGGAUAAAAUUACACUGUAUCAAGGAAGCAGUUAUCAAAAGGAAAAUAAAUUUGACUAGUGUACUGUAUCAAGGAAGCAAUUAUCAAAGGGAAAAUAAGUUUCAUUAAUGUGUACCAAGUGUUAAAAGUGAGAAAUGCUAUUAUUUCCCAUGUGUCCAAAUGAAUUUAUUUUGUCUUAGAGGAGGUUAGCAUGGCUAUUACCUCCCUGAGAUGUAUAUUAUAUAUGAGAGAGAGAGAGAGUUAUCUUUCUUUGGAAGGUGCAUGAAUUUAUGAGAGCUUGGAGGAGGUUUGAUCACAUCCCCAAGUGUUUUUUUUUUUUUUUCAAUAAAGGAAUUCAAGGAA